AUGAACGGCGGUAAUUGGACAACACGAGGUGUGGGCGGAGUUAGCAGUGAUUCAUAUUUGCAACAAGGAGGAGGAGGCGGUGGUCUUUUUGAUAAAAGUAAUAAUCGACAAAAAGAUCGAUACGAUUCCUCCUCGUCCUACUCAUCAUCAGGCGGAGGUCUGUUUGGAGGGCCAAGUUGUAGUUGUUCAUCCGGUUCAUACGGUGGACUCUUCGGCAGGAAAGCGUUGACAUUCAUGACGGCAUCCAAACUAAACUCAGCGAAUCCAAAUCGAAUUCUUCUAAAGUGUGAUACAACUUGUUUUAUUUAUGUUAAUGGUCACUGCCCACACAAACUUGAACUGCUUAAGCUGUCAGCUCGCCGCUCACAACCAGUCACUGGAAAGAGAAACGCAUGGAUAUCCUCGAUGUUAAAACAAGAGCAUGGGAACAUCAGGCUAAGAGCUCGUAACAAAUUUCCCGCAUCCACUGCAUCCCAAAUUGGUGGUGAACCUCUAAAAGUAUCGGAAAUGCUCAAAGUAUCAGGCGAUGCCAUGCGAAUAACGCCAAACCAUUUCGACAUCCCAGUGAUUAAAGGCGAUGCAAAUGCGGAAGGUUCAGGCGAACUUCAGCAAUCAAAUAUUCACAACAGAUGCGUGCAAAAUCCACCAACUGCUGUAUCGAAUCUCGAUAUACAUGCAGAUUGUGGAACGCAGCUGCCUAGUCCACCUUGUUCUCCUUGCUUGCCAAGGAGAACGGUUGACGAUAUGUUUUGCACAUGCUGUCAGCAAUAUGUCCCACUGAAAUGUCACAGUUUGUGUAUCUACACAUAUCUGAGAACAGCGCAUGAGGACAUUUGUGGUUUGGAAUAUUUGAGUGCGAUUCUGCAUUAUGCGAGUAGAAAUCAAGAUAAUCGAAAUUACUGCCGUUAUCUUGAUUGUGGGUGUAACGUUCGUAGGUGUAACGUCGGUGAGUCGGUCGAUCGUGCUAGCACUUUAGAAGAAGACGAUGUGGUAUGUCUUGGCAACUGGAAUGUUAUCAUGUAUUGUGCACGUGCUGGUAUAAACAUUAUUUAUUGA